UGUUUUUCGCCAUUGCAAUGUUAAAAAUUAGCCGGGAAUUAAUUAGCCUUAUCAAGCUAUGCAUUAUUUUCGUUCAUCAAGUCCAUUCUUCAUGUGAGUUUGGAGGUGAUCGAUGAGCUUCAGUAAACAUUUAAAGAAAUUCUUAAAGAGCUUGACGAACGGGAUUUUGAGGAAAUUUAUUUGAGUGAGAAGUUUGAUGAGAUUGUCGUCCCUGGAUAAUAAUAAACAAUAGUAAUAAACAAAACAGAUUUGCUAAUCGUCGUUUGGUAUUUCAGGCACACAUCACAGAGAUUCUGGGCUAAGGGCAUUGCAGAGUGGUUCCGUUUCAAUGCUUCGUGAACUGUCGGAUAAAUUCAAUACUCUCAUAUUCGGGCGCUAAAUGGAAUGGACUCAACGGAAAAAAUCGCUAGAUGCAUUAUCACCCAAGUACUUGUCCAAUAGCUGGAUCUGGCGAGUCUGGCGAAAUGGGAGGAGCAUUUAGAGGACGAAAUUUUUAAAAAUGUAAUUCCAACGUGGGAAUGCACGGCUCGUCUGUGGAGCAGCGAUACCAUGAAAAGAUAUGCGCCAGGCAAUCAGGUGGGAAGCCACAGAGCAUCUGAUUUGCGUAGGUCCGCCCUUCUUGCUCCAAGCCUCUGCCCUGCGACCUUCUGCAAUGCUUUUCAAUUCAGUACUGCCAGAGUUUAAAAAAUGUAACCUCAGCCAAUCGAUUUUAAGAAGCGAAAAGACUGACUCUUUGUUUAAAUUGCCUUAAGAGUGGUCAUCAACUGAGGCAGUGCAACUCUAGCAAUUGAUACUACAUAAAAAUCGUCUUUUUAUUGCUCGAAAAAAGUUAAUAAAAAAGCUUAUUAACUCAACAAAUGGUGUAGAUAAAACCAUCACAAGGGCAUCUAAGCGCAUUUAUUUCAGUUCUUUAAAAUCGUUUUCUAUCGUUUUUGCAAACUAUACACGAUGUCUAAAAAAAAAACGUAUUAUUCUUGCAUAUAUGAUUCUCCCAUUUUAAGAACCAAAUCCAUCCAUAUAGUCAAUGUUUAGCGUUCAUGUGAAAUCGAAAUUUAAUAUGCUUCAUUUUAUAAACUAUAGAUAUUUCAAAAAUGUGUGCGGGCAGUAUCAAGCGGUUUGUGGGUGAUACAGUGAGCGUAACAAAAGUUUUUGGCAAUAAAUAUAUAAAUUUACAAGACUAAUAAAAAUAUGAAGUCUUCGGCGGUUUGUAAGCGUUAGAGUGGGCAUGACAACAUUUGGAAAUAAACUUGUGACAGUCAAAAUUGCUCCGCUCGCCUGAAACUGAGAGCGUAGUCUAAAUAUACAAAUGGCUUCCUUCUGUGAGUAAAAUCAAUUCCCGGCCGGAAGUUCGGGAACGUGUCGAGAAAAAGAAGUCUCAGUCGGAAGUGGAAUUAUUCCCGAACGUUUCGUUAUACUUGUUUUUCGAGUGGAAGUGGUUUCACAAGUAGGAAAGAUUUCUAAAAAAACGCUGAUGAUCUUGACGAUUCAAAAAUGAAUAAGCAACAGAGCUGAACAGAAACGCAUUAAUCUUUCUGUGAUUUUUUGUCAUUUGCUUCUCGUAAGUUCUCGUUUGUUUAAGUGUGCCGUCUCUUCUUACAAUGGCGAUCAAAAAUAUAGCAUCAGAAAAUGUAAGAAAACAUAAACGUACAUACUUUCAGAUAAAUUAUUUCAUAUAUACACUAAAUGUACAUUUAUGAUUUGGAUUUCAUUACAUAUAUGUACGAUGUAUGUGUGUAAAUAUGUAUUUAUGUUACAUUAAUACUAUUUAUAUUUUUAAAAAAAAUUGUAUUAUUUUUGUUUUUUAAUUACAUAAUUAUGUUAAUUAUUAACAAUUACAAAAAGAGGACAUUCUAAAUUAAAAAGAUGCUGGUAUUUUUCAGAAACUGUGGUUACGCAAAACAGGGUUUGGCUUGUACCAGAAUAUGAACGAUUCUAAAAUUAUGAGCAAUCGGCAAACUUCGGGUUUUUAUAAAAACAAAGAUUCUUUGGUCAAAGAUAUUAUCUAUCGAUUGAUUUAUCGAUACGGUGGCAAAUCGUUUUACAUCUUAACGACUGUGUGACAAGAAUGACUUCUAAAAGCAGUGCUAACGGAACGCAAAUAUUACCGGAGCCUGUUUCCGAACAUGCAGCAGUGCCGCCACCCCCACCCACGGCGGCGGGAAGACCCAGACCCCCAACAUCACAACUUUUUUCACGCGGCAAUCUGGUUAGUAGUCGGGCUACAGGAGGUGAUAAAUCAGGUCUUGCAAGACCGUCAACAGCCGUUCGGGCAGUGGGCUACGCGGCUAAUUGCGGGUCUGCUCAUCAAAGGUUCGAACAAUUUUUCCUGGAGAAGGCGAAGCAACAAACACUCUCGUCAGCAAACGCUGGGGAUGCCAUGAAGGAAGUAAACCCCCAAAUGAAGUAUAAGAAUCUGGAAGGAAAAAUUGUGAAGCUUUUGGAGUCGUCAAUAGUUUUGGCCUGGCAAAGCUCCCCCAAUCAAUUAUUGAACUUGGAUGCGAAAUUGGCCGAGGCAUUGAAUAAAGCCAAAGAAUCAUUCUCAUUAGAUCGAACAUUACACCAAUUUCGAGACCAGCAUGGUGAAAAUGUUUACCACAACUUUGAUUUGACAUAUGCGGUUUUUUUUAAUCUCGCGGAGCAAUACGAACGCAAUGAGAUGCACAUCGAGGCCCUUAAUACCUACAGCAUUAUGACCAAGAACAAGAUGUUUCCACACGUCAAUCAGCUAAAACUAAAUAUGGGUAACAUCUACUACAGCAUGGGUAUUUUCCAAAAGGCGGUUAAAAUGUACCGCAUGGCCCUUGAUUCGGUACCAAAGAACUUAAGUCAGUUGAGACUUAAGAUCCGUGAAAACAUUGGAAUCCUCUUUAUCCGCAUGGGCUCCUAUUCAGAUGCUGCUUCUAGCUUUGAAUUUAUAAUGUCGGAGCGGGCAAGCAUUAGGUGUAGCAUUCACCUCUUACUCUGCUACUUCGCCUUGGGCGAUGUGGAGAAGGUAAAGUUGGCCUUUCGAAGACUUUGUGAUGUCCAAACCGAAGCAACGGAAUCGGAUAUGGAGAGUGAGACGAAUAUCAUUAAACUGCAACAGCAAUCUGAACCGGUUCAACAAACUGGCAAAACUAACAUGCACCAGUCUUCAGACAACGAAGAAGUCAGAGGCGUUGUCAUUAAAGAAGAAGGUGACGGUUCUUACGAGAAAUUAAACGAGGCCGUAAAUUUUGUAACAAGAGAAAAACAUCGUUAUGUUGUCCAAGCUCUUAAGAAAGACGAGCUUGCCAUAUAUACCAAUGAACGUCGGAAUACCGUUAAAAAAUCUAUUACAAUGAUUGUGGAUUUAAUAUCACCUUUUAUCGAAGAUAACUAUAAUGAUGGAUAUAAUUGGUGCAUUGAGAUCAUCAAAACUUCAAAUCUAGCAUGGCUAGCCAACGAACUUGAACUGAACAAAGCAUUAGUAUAUCUCCGACAAAAUGACGUUAAUCAAGCAAUUAUAACGUUACAAAUGUAUGAUCGCAAGAGCGAGGGAUCCAUGACGGCCAGCGCUCUGACCAACUUGAGUUUUAUUUAUAUAAGUUUAAGCAACCUAGAAAUGGCCUACCAUUGCGUUAACCAGUUACAAGAAAUCGGAUCGCUAAAAAACAAUGCGCCAGGAUUGAUUAACGCAGGCAUAGUGGAAUUGGGCUCGCACAAACUAAUAUUAGCUCGCGAACGGUUCGAGCGAGCUCUGCAACUUCAGCCGACGAACUUUGAAGCCAUGUACAAUCUCGGCUUAGUGGCCUUGGCGCAGAAUGAUUUUAAACUAGCGGAAGAGCGUUUCGAGAUGCUUAAGGCCCAACUGAUGAUGCCCAGCUCAGUUCAGCACAGUCAUGUAUUUUAUCAACUUGCCAAGCUGCAGGAACGCAGGUUGGAAAACGGAAGCAAAUCUAACUUAACACCGGGGGCGGCACUUCAGGCGUAUCUACAGGUAGUUGGCAUCUCUGCCUCUGACAUCGAUUCAAGGCUGUUUGAAAAGGUCGGCUCGCUUUACGAGCAGAUUCAAGACCACCAAGAAGCAAAUCAGUACUAUAACGAGGCGUACCGCAUAAACAUGAGCGACAUCUCCAUCGCAAGCUCAAUCGGUUCAUAUUACAUCAAGCUUCAGGCCACGGAACGGGCGCUUUAUUAUUAUGAAAGAGCAGUCCUAGCCGAUCCUAAUGAUCCCAACCUAAUGCUGCGCAUUGCCAGCUGCUUUCGCAACUCGUAUCUGCCUCCCAAACAGUACCUGGGUCUUUUUCAAAAGAUACACGUCCGAUUUCCGGACAACCUAACUUGCAUAAGGGCUCUUAUGCAAGUUACCAAGUCGCUGGGAUUGGGGGACCUGCUCGAGAGGUACGCAUCGGAAUACAUCCGUCUGCAAAGUCUGCAGCAGGAACGUCAGAUAGAGCAGCGAUACCAGCAGCAGCGCUUCUCUUCAGCAGCCAAGUCUAGCAACCAAUUGCGAACUAUCAGGCAGUCAAAUGAGGAUCACUUGAAGGAUAGCAGUGAGACUUUUAACAGCUUCACGUAUACACAGAGUACCUCCGCAUUCUCCGUACUGCAGUUUGAUCCGUUGGGACCUCCCGCAGAACGUCCCAAAACUGGCCGAUCACUGGAAUGCAGAGACGAUGUAGAUAACGACGCGGAAAUAAAUGCCGAAAGCUUAUUGCCUCUUUAAACAGACUUUUAUAACUCUAGACAACUGUGCAAUUGCUGUUUUUUUCUUAGCAUUACUUGGGAAAAUACUACACGACAUACUAAGGUGAAUUAUUAUUCCAAUUGGAAUAUAAGUUAAUCGUUUUAAUUUUGGAUAAUUCGAUUUUAGGCUUAACGUUGUCUGUAAACUGAUAAAAAAAAAAAUAUAUGAAAAAAUACGAAUAGUGCAAUUAAAGCACUAUUUAUGGCGAUUUGAUCAGCCGACUUUAGCUUUGCUUCUUUUAAAGUGAAAUUGAAAUCUAAAACGGAUUAUCUCUUCUUAUCUGGAACAGCACAAGAAGUAACCAAUUUAAAUAACUUAAAUUAUCAUUUAAAAUUAAAUAUUAAAAUCGAUUUAAAGAAAUUUCCCAUUACCUCUUUCCCUUAAAGUUGAGUUCGGUAUUAAAUAUUAUUUAUUACAGUUUCAAGGCCAGUAAUGCACACAUUUAUAUGCCCCAAUAAUAAUGGUUAAAAAUAUAACAUUUUUUGAAUUGAAUAUAUACUUGUUGGUAUCGCGUACAGGCUUUUACCUUAUUUAUAGCAGUGUCCUCGCUCGAAUCACCUUUUUGUGGUUAACGCGGUAGGUAUAUUAAGGAUAUUGAUUUAUUGAAUAAAAUGUUUAAAUAAAACACAAAUAUGAG